AUGUUUAUUACCGGGUUCAGCCAUUCUUCAACAGAAUGCUUUCUGAUAACACUCGUCUAUUAUAUAAGUGGAAGGUUGGUUAUUGUCGCUGAACGAAUUAAUUGGCUGAGUAAAAAAAAAGAUUUGUGUGAAGACGAUCUCAAUGACAUCAUUAAAGAGUACACAAGAUUAUUAAAAUUAGGAGAAACAAUGAUUAAUUCAUAUAAAUCAUCAUUGUUUGUCUAUAUGAUGAAUUCUACAUUACUUUUGUGUAUUAUUGGAUAUCAAAUUUUGAUUCAUAUUAUGGUCGGUCCAAAGAUCAAAUUAAUUCAUUGUUUUGUAUACAUAUUUACAAUAUAUUUGGUAAUAACUGUCUUUUGUAUCGUUAGCGAGCGCCUAAUUGCAGAAAACCAAAAAGUUUGUCAAGCUUUUUGGAACUGUUCUUGGUACAACAUGUCUCCAAAAUAUGUUAAGAAAAUAACACUUUGUAUUCUAAGAUCUCAGAAGCCUCUUGCGUUGAAAAUUGGAAAAUUUUCUUACUUUGGAAUCAGCACGUUAACAAAUACGACAAAGUUGGCGAUGAGCUAUUUGUCGGUACUACGUCGGUUUAUAAUAACAGAAGUUUCUAAUUAAUCUACUCAAGUUACAAUAAAUGAUUAUAUUGAGAAGAAAUAGAAAACUGGCAUUAUAUUAAGAAUUGUAUAACGAAGUGACAAAAAAUGACUGAUAAAAAACUUUCAUUUAGUAUUUAAUAACCCGCUGUGAAAUAAACAGACAAAUUUAUUCAGCGCAUCUUAAUU